GCUGGGCGAGGGGGGCGCCGACCACUGCUCUGGCUCCGCGCGCCUUUCGAGCUCCCCGGCGGUGAUCGCCCCGCGGGCCCCCCGCGCCUCUUCCCGGGCGGAGCUGCCUUCGGGGGCGGCAGGGCGGGGGCAGCCAGGCCACCGGCGCUGCGGGGCGGAGGCUUCCCUCCCUCCCUCCCUCCCUCCAGGAUGGCUGAGCGGCCGGAGGACCUGAACCUGCCCAACGCGGUCAUCACGCGGAUCAUCAAGGAGGCGCUCCCCGACGGAGUGAACGUCUCGAAGGAAGCGCGGAGUGCCAUCUCCCGGGCGGCCAGCGUCUUCGUCCUCUACGCCACCUCGUGUGCCAAUAACUUUGCAAGGAAGGGGAAGAGAAAGACACUGAAUGCCGGAGAUGUUAUUUCUGCUAUGGAAGAGAUGGAAUUCCAGCGAUUCGUUGGGCCCCUAAAGGAAUCCUUGGAAGCUUACAGGAAUGAGCAGAAGGGCAAAAAGGGAGUGUCAGAACUCAAGAAAAAAGACAGAGAGAAGAAGGAAGAUGCUGAGGACCCUGACAAGAAUCGGGAAGAAGAAGAAAAUGAGGAGGAGGGAGAGAGGAUGAUGGAGGACGAGGAGGAGGAGGAGGAAGCGCAGCAGCAAAAUGAGGAGGAGGAGGAGGUGGAAGAGCAGCAGCCAAAUGAAGAGGAAGAAGGGGAGAGCUGAGUUGUAGUGGGGGGGGGGGGCAGUGAGGGGAGAAAGCCAGUGGAAGGAAACACAACCGUCUCCUUUUGUGCUGAAAAUGGCUCUGCGGGUUCUGGGGGCACCUCAGGGAAACUCCUUCUUGCCUUCUCCCCCCAGUUGGAAAUAAUGACUUACGUGGCAUCUGGGGCUUCUUUCUGGGCAUGCGAACGCUGCUUGAAAGGGGCACCACUUAUCUUUCCUUGUGGUGCUGGGGAUGCUCUGAUUUUGGCUUAAAAAGACUUUCUCCACACCCUCAAUGUGUUUUCUUCAGUGCUUAUUGAACGGAGUUUAAUUAAAAGUCGUAUUUGCAAAA